UACAUACCCCCGACUCAAUUAUCUUAAUAACCCUCUGGAAGAUGAAUUAGUGUAAGGCCAGUUUAUAAUUUAAGAGGACGGGGACCAAGGAGCAGAAACGUUUACCCAAGUUUGCAGAGCGGCCCAGGAGAGCUAGGACCAGACCUUUGGUAUUUUGACCCAUUGCUCUCCCCUGGCCCUCGCCUGUCACUGUUUAGUGUCCCUUUGCCGCUCUGGGAAUAAACCACAUCUUCAGCUGUAAAUCAUGAUCUCUAGCAGUGUUUGUCUCUUCCAGUAAUACAGAAAAUGGUUCGAAGAGUGUCCCUGUAGACGUGGAAGUCCUUUUACAAAGUUGUUGUUUCCGAUGUAAAGUUCAAAACAAGUUGAUCGAGGAAGGUGCUAUCUUUGACAUUUCGGAGUGCACCUAAACGUUAUGAAAUGACAAACCCACCGAAGAGUUCGUGCAGAUCAGACCAGGUGACAAGGAAGAGGGGUUAUCCUCGGUAGAGCAAAGAUCAGUAGCUCAACAACUACUUUCGGGUUCCAAAUUUUCAGGGACAUUCUGAUUCUUUAUGGCUGGCACGAGGACGGGAAUCUGGAAUUUGUAAGAAGCUCCCACAAGGGAUUGGGGUAAUUAAUAAAGGCAGUGUAAGGUAAGUGCUGUGGUGGGUCCUGUACCUACCUAAGCAUUCCAUCCUUCACCCUUUCAUCCUGACUAACAGAACCUUGACCCCGCUGCAUACAGAGGUGAGCACAUGGCCCGGUCCAGCUCCUGCGGUGGCCAUGAUGCUUGUCCCAGAUGACACUGGUGGCACUCCUAGGAGAGCUUCGUGAACUGGAAAGACGCAGCUGGUUUCCCCCUUUGAGCUUUCCCCUUUGUCUUGCCAGCAGUACAGAUCCAACGCCUGGGUCCUUGGAGACAAAAGCCACAGUUCAGGGAUAGAGGGACAAGAAGAAAGAAGAUCCUGGCUCCUUGAGCUGUGGUACCAGCCCUGAAUUAUGUAUCCCUACCGUGUGUUACCUGGAAUAAAGAUUAACAUUAGGGGUACGUAGUAGGUCCUGAGUAUCUACAUUUGCUGUCAUUUGAUCCCUGGAAGGAGCGUGCACUUCAGAAGCACAGAGCAGAGUAAAGGGCCUGCCGGACAAGCAGUUGGAGUGUGUGAAUCAACAGAUGCAGCUCACAGAACCUCGCCUCCCCUGACCUCCGUGGUGUUCUUAUGCUCCAGUAUAGUCCAUUCAAAACACAAGUUCCAGCGACCCUGGGAGAUUGGGGUGAAGAAGGACUGGCCACGCAAGCUGUAAGCCCUUUGCGGUCCUAGGCCAAAAAGGUGUGGUGCACAACAUUGUUUUAGGGAAGACCCGCCAUGCCUGCCGGCAUGAUGGCCAGACCUCUCGACCUCCGUUAAUUACCUCUUGAGAGGAAACUCAAAUCAUAAUGGAUGCUGAGUAUGUCCUAUGCAAUUGGAAAGGCCAUUUUUGGCCAGCAAAGGUUUUGUCCAGAUCUAGGAUCUCACCGAAAAAUAAGAGGAAAGGGGCACUUUCUCUGAAAGUUGAAAUACUCUCCGUAGAUGAGAAAAUUAAAGUGAAAAGCACAGACAUAAAGAUCCUAAAUGAGUCUCAAAUUGAAUACAUUACCUCCUUGCUAAUAGCCAAGUCGAAGGCCAGUGUCCCGCCAGGACAGGAAGUGCCCUACAGAAACGCUCUUACCGUGGCACUGGAGAUUCUGAAUGAGAGAGCAAAUCUGGGUCCAGCAAGAGCAUCAGAUGAUCCAGAGACCGUUAAGCCGUCCCCAAGGGGACCACAAAAGCGAUCUCGUAGAAAGUACCGGAAGCCCAAAGGGAGCUUACUGAGGAGUCUUAGGAAAAGCAAAAAACUCAAAUCGCUGCUGGUAUGUUCACAGAGUGAGGACGCCCCAGACGGUGGCCGACCACAGGCACACAGAACCGUCACUCCCAUUCCAAGGAAAAUGCAAGUGGAGUCCUCACAAAGCUCCAGCAUGUACCCAAACUUCCCGUCACUUUCAGAAGGCGCUUACGAGAAAGAGGGCAAGGGAAAGAGGGACACCUCAAGAGUUAGGUCCUUGCGUUGCCCAGUCAAGGAGGAGGGCACAGGUGCUAAAGAUGGAGGCGCCCUUCCAUCUCUGCCACCGGGGUUCAACCGCACGGUACCCAAGGCGCUGAAAGAAGAGGCACAGGACACCUACCCAAAGACCCUGGCCGUCUCCUCCGAAUGCUCUGCCUUCUCCGGGAAUGUCGAGGACCACGGAGAGGGUCCCCGGAAGCCAGGCUUGGAAGGUGUGGCAGCAUCCUCCAGUGCCCCUAACCUGAAGCUGCGUUAUUCACUCCGUCUGGCAAACAGAAAAAGGAAGCUGCAGGUACCAGAGUCUGAGAAAGGGCUGCGAGAACUUCAGCCUUCCGUCAACUCAAAGGCUAUUAACCCCACCACUGCUAUUAGAAAGGACGUCAGCAAGGAAAUGGGACAACCGACAAGCAUGGCUUUUCCACAGGAGCCUUGUCCCAUUGAAGGAGGAAUGAUGGUCUGGUUCAAAUUUCAGAAUCACCCAUUUUGGCCAGCGGUGGUAAAGAGUGUCAGCCAAACAGAGCAGACUGCAAGGGUGCUUUUGAUUGAGGCAAACAUGGACGGUGAAAUGAGUGGCAUUCGAGUUCCUCUUCGAAGAUUAAAGCAUCUGGACUGUAAAGAGAAAGAAAAACUGAUGAAGAGAGCCGGGAAAGUGUACGAGCAAAGUGUGAACUGGUGUUUCUCCCUGAUUUCCCACUACAGAGAAGGGCUGAGUCACGGGUCUUUUGGAGGCUCUUUCCUGGACUAUUACGCUGCCGACAUCAGUUACCCAAUCAGGAAAGCCAUCCAAGACGCGGAUGUGGAGAUUGAUUUCCCAAAGGUGAAUUAUGCCGACCUGGAAGAUUCUGAAGAGGAGGCCUCCCUGGGCGGGAAGAGGCCCUGCAAGAAAAUUCUCCCUGACCGGAUGAGGGCUGCUCGGGACCGAGCCAACCAGAAGCUCGUGGACUUCAUCGUGAAAAGAAAGGGAGCUGAUCACCAUCUUCUGGACAUUGUCAAAGGCAGGAAAGAGUCCAGGUGGCUGGCAUCAUUUCUGAAUUCAAGCAGGUACGUGAUCUGCAUUGAAACGUACCUGGAGGAGGAAGACCAGUUGGAUGUCGUGGUAAGACAUUUGCAAGAAAUCUACAAACAGAUAGACAAGAACACGCUGGCUCUGACAAGGGACGACAAAGUGAGUUUUGUUCUGGAAGUUCUUCUGCCAGAAGCAAUCAUUUGUUCAAUUGCUGCACUCGAUGGAUUAGGUUACAAGGAGGCAGAACAAAAGUACCUACAGGGGCCACCCGUGCGUUACCGGGAAAAAGAGCUAUUUGAUAAAAAUAUCCUAAAGGAAAUGAGAAAGAGAUCAGCAACAAGGGCCAAAGCCAAAUAACUCCUCCUGUGCCCGCACUUUAGCAGGGAGACCCCUCACCGCCCUGUCUGUAUGAAAUGUGUGAUCCUUCCCUUCCCUAUGGCAUGUAAAUAUGUUCUGUAAAUUUGAGACCCCGGGAACACGCUGGAUUCAUUUUGGAGCGAUCUCUAGCACUUACGGGUAGCACGGCCAUCGUCGCUGCUGGUUCCCAAAUGCUUCACAAACUAAUUUUGUUAAAAUACUGCAAACAGUGGUACUUCCCUCUACUUGCUUGGAUGCGUAGCUGUCCAGGUGUUUUCAUAAUGUUGCUUUUGACAGUACUUCAUAUUUUAAUAUAGGAUGCGCGUUCUUUUCUUACAUGAAAGACCCCUGGUGUCAGACCUUAAGCCACAAUCGUUUCUUGAAAUCUAAGAUAGAUGUUUACACAGAAACUUCACACGGAUUUCUCAUUCUUUUUGCGACCCGUCAGUAUAAAUGAUUGGAUUCCUUCUUGAGAUAAUUCCUGAAUUCGAUCUGCCAUGCUUAUUUGUUUGGAAAAAUAGCCCUGAGGGGUGAAGCCAACAGCAGAGAUGUUUUCUAUACACUGUCACUACCUUCAAAUGGCUCUUGGAAAAGCAGUCUGGAAUCCAAAGUUAAUGGGUCGUCUGCAUGCAGCCCACAAGUGGAUGAGCGAAAUCUCAACGUGCAGUAAACAUUUUGUCAGCCUGUGCAAGACUGUUAACUCUUCGCUUCCCUAAGAUUCCACUUAGGGAAGUAGCUCUUGUUCGGUGGCUAAGUGGUUUCCUAAAACAGACAGGCUCCCGGCUGUCUUCCUAACUGACUGGAUGCUUUACACAUGGUGGUUUAUCCCCAUGUGGAAGACAACGAGAGUAAUCAUACACACAGUUUAGCUCUUUUAGACCUACGAAUUCAAGCUCACUGCUAGGAGCCCAUCUAAGGGACACAAAUCGUAGGGAAGCCUGUGCUGUGUUCCGGACCUGUGUCCCCUAAAACACAGUCAUUUGUCCCCUACCAAGCAAGCUUUCUCUUUUGACUUAUUCAUUGACUAGCCCUGACAGGCUCCAACAGUUAUAAAUGCAGGCUAGUGGGUCAUUCCAGGCUGCUUGAGCAAUAGAUGGACGAGGACCUGGGAACUCAGAAAUGGGCAACAGAAAAUCCUCCAUCUGGCUAAAUAUGGCUGUUGUCAGAAUACAGUGAAACGUAUCUAACUAAAAGUAAUAAAUUCUGAAGCCCAUGAAUCGUUCUCCUAACUUGAAACAACAUUUUUUUGAGGGGGAAAAAAAAAAUGUCAGGAAAGCUAGUUUACUUUUAAAACUUGUUGUGAAAAUAAACACUAAAGGUGUAACAUGAACCCAAGUGCAUUUUUAUUCUUAGAGGGAGUCAACUGUCACUCACAGGCCCAUGUUCUGUGUUCAUGUGGCCAUGAGAUGUGUGAGUGUAAAAUCUGUAAGAGUUAGCUGUUUUGAUUCACAA